AUGCCUGACUACGACUCUCUGAGAAGAUUCUACCGUGUGCAUAAUGCUUGCAUCCAAUUGCGUGAUGCCAUGAAUGCCAUCUAUACUGAUGGCCUCUCCAACGCAGAUCUAACUACUAUGCAAGAAGCACCUUCUAGUGAUGAUAUGUUACAAGGGAUCAUUGCUUCUCCUGCUACUUCUAUUGCUACAUAUUUGAAAAAUGCCCAAUCCACAAUGGAUAUUGCUAAAGUGAUUGAAUAUUAUAGCUUUGACCCCAAUCAAACGGAUUUGGAAGAAUAUACUUCUGGAAGACCUAUCCUGUUUAACCUGGAAACUGAUUCCUCUGUAGUCACUGAUGAUACUAAAUUGAGUGCGCUGGGGAAAAACUGGUUAGUUUCUUUAAUUUCAUUAGUCCUAUAUGAACGAUUCCCAUUUGCAGAUGCCCCAGCAUUAGAUUCGUUAUGUAACAGGCUCUUAGAGAGUGAUUGCUUCGACAAUUUCUUAUCUAAUGGUACUAGUGUUGAUCCUAAAUUUACAUCCUUUAACGCUUAUAUUGGUGCAUUAAUUGUUGAUAGAGCAUAUGGUUUCCAUUUAGAAGAAAUUAAAAUGUAUAUACAAUCAUUAAUUCAAGAAAAUGCAAAACUAUAUAGUACGGAAAUGAUUAAUGGUUUGUAUCGUAAGAAUCCGAAGUAUCAAGUUAUGAAACUUUUAGAAGGAAAUAAAUUAAAAGUUAAUCCAACUUUUAAUCGAACUAAUUCUAAUGGCAAGAAUAAAAAAAUUACCAUAGAAAUUAAAUUGAAAGAUAUCUUAUUGGGUACCGGUUCUGGAGAAUCAGUUAGCAACGCUGAACAAAAUGCCUCUAGAGAUGCGUUAGCUAGAAAGAUCCUAGAUCAAUAUUCCAUACAUAAGAAUAUUCCAAAUAAUAAACCAACAACUUCUGUUUCUAAUGGAUCACAACAACAAAAGAAAUUGGAUCCAACUAAUACUAAUGGUUUACCACCAUUACCACUAAAGAUGCCAGAUUUACCUCCACCAUUAAAGAAAACGGAACAAGUUUCAGAAAUCGUUCAACAACGAAGAAAUUCCAUCAAACCACCCGUCUCUGAAAUUGUUCAACAACGUAGAAACUCUAUCAAGCCUCCUGUAACAGCAAAUGGUAAAUCAAACAAACAACAAAAUGUCCAACAAAGACGUGUUCCAGGUUCAUUGGAUCCAGCUAAAGAUCCACAAGGUUCCAGAGGUAAUAAAAACAGUAAUAGUAAUAACGGCAGUGCUAACAAUAGUAGGCAGGGCAGCAGGCAAUCAUCUGUAUCAGGAGACGGUCAAAGAGCUAGGAGAAUGAUGGGUAUCAAGGGCCUACGUGAAAAGGAUAACUAUACCUUGAAACUUGAAGAACGUGCCAAAGAAGUCUUACUGGAAAAUGCAUCAAGAGUUGAGAGUGAUUUAACAAUAAACGGACCUCCAUCAUUUGAUGAUGAUAGUGAUGAAGAAAGAGAGACUGUACGUAGAAAGAGUAUCAUCAAUAUCAGACGUUCUAGUGUUUUAAGUGUACAAAAGGAUAUAACACCACGUAAACAAUCAAUGCCCCGUCCUUGGGAAAAUGAUACUACACCUUUAGCAAGACCUUUAAGCACAAGGUUUGAAGUUGGGACUUCUUCUAGACCUUCAGCAUUGAUCCUGGAAAGGAAAGAAGUCAAGAAGCCGGUCGCAGAUGUUGGAAACUCUCAGGCUACAGUGGCUACCAAGGCUCCUAUUACUCCUGCUGCCACACCUGUUAAAAAGAUCGCUGCACCAACUUCAUCCAAUUCUCUUGACAAGGAUGCUAAAAUCAAAUUGAAUACAUUCUACUCAAAACAAGGUGAUGAUGUUCCAACCUUCUUUACAAGAUUCUUAGGACCAGGUAAGUUUCAUACAGUUUGUAGAUUAAAGAGCAAUCCUGAUACUAUACUUGCUGAGGCAGAUGGUAAAUCCAAGGAAGUUUCACAAUUGAUGGCUGCUUCUAUUGCCCUAGCUGCCUUAUGA